AUGUGCGUCUUUGGUGGGCUCUCUUUUUCCCGCCUUCCUGCUGGGUUUCGCAUCCUGAUCCCAUUCCUUUCCCCUUCCUUUGUGCGUUUGCCCCCCUCCCCUAAAAAUCACACACAAACACACCCGCGCAGCCAGGGAGACGCCGACUGCCGUGAGGCGCGCCGGGCCAAUGCGCACCUAGAGCCGCAGGGCGUGUCGUCCGCAAAAGGUGUGGAGAGAUCCCCGGCCGGUUGUUGCCCCCCUUGCUCGGAGCCCCCGGCUUCGACAGGCGUCCCCGAAAAUGGGCGACUUCAGCGGGCACACCCGGCGCAAUGUUUGUGA